AUGGCUCUCGCUCGCGUCUCCGCCGUUGCUUCGGCCUUGUUAGCGCUCCAAAUUGACUCCAGUGCUGCUGACCUUGUCACCUAUGAUUGGCGCGUUACGUCCCUCUCCAACGAAUACGACGGUGUCUUCAUUCAUUCUCUCGGAAUCAACGACAAACCUGCCGACCAAGCCGUUAUUGACGUGGAGUUGGGCCAGGAGGUCGAGGUUCGUGUGACGAACGAGAUCGAUGAGCCCACGUGUCUGCACUGGCACGGACUGAAGCAACUUGGCACCCAAGAGAUGGACGGCACGUCCGAAAUCACCCAGUGCCACAUCGCUCCGAACGCCACUGCGAUCUACCGCUUCUUGCCUGACAAGGCUGGCACGUUCUGGUGGCACAGCCAUCACAAGGCGCAGUACGCGUUUGGUCUCCGCGGCCCUCUGGUUGUUCACGCCCCUGCGAAUCAACAACAGGAAUGGCAGAAGGACAUCGACGGGGAGUACACGAUCCAAAUGGCCGAUCUGUACCACCGACCCCCGCAGCCUACGCGCAUGUGGGAUAACAUCCUCAUCAACAACCGUGGUCGCUAUAACUGCAGUGCCGCGUAUCAUCACAACUUCACGCAAUGUACUGACGACCAGCACCUCUCGAAGUUCCACUUCCAGGCUGGAAACAAGUACCUUCUGCGUCUUAUCAACAUGGCUGCCCUGUCUCCGAUCGUGUUCAGCAUCGAUGACCACGAGUUCCGUGUCGUUGCUGCUGACGGUGACAACCUCCAGCCUUCGGAGCUCAUCAACUCUGUGACUUUGAAUGCCGGUCAGCGCUAUGACAUUGUGGUGGAAGCGAAAUCGUCUUCCGACCAGAACGCGAUUGGCUCUUUCUGGAUGCGUGCUAAUGGACUUCACGGUCUUCCGUGGACACGAGGAAACGCUACCAUCGCUGGUGAGGGUUACACGUAUGAAGGUCUUGCAGUGAUCUCCUACGAUGCCGAGAACUACGCCGAUCCGACGUCACAGAAGCAAUUGAACCUGACAACUGUGGGCGAAUUCGACUUCUUGCCUCUGAUUCCGAUCGCUCUUCCUGAAGUUGCUUCGGACCGUGCUGUCCUACAGUUCAAGAUGCAAGACGGUCUUGGUCACUUCGCUAUCGACGGUGGCGAGUUCCACCACUUUGUGCACCCGGAAGAGCCGCCGCUCUUCUCGAUCGCUAGCGGCAUGAAGACUGAGCAGCUUCCGGCUAAUGCUAACGCCCGCAAGAUCGAGUUUGGUAAGCACAUUGAGGUGGUGCUGGUCAACGUUAAGGACGAGCAGCACCCGUUCCACAUGCACACGCACUCACCCUGGGUCGUAGGCAGCGGUGUGGCGUCGAUUGAGCAGAUCCGAAACAACCAGCUACCGCCCCUCAAACUGCUUAACCCGAUGACGCGCGACGUGUACACUGUCCCGCCCUGCACUUCGGAUGGCAAGGGUGGGUGUCUGGACGCCGGAUACCUGGUGCUGCGUUUCACGGCAGACAACCCUGGUGUGUGGAUUUUCCACUGCCACAUCGAUUGGCACCUGGAAGCUGGUCUAUCCAUGAUUCUGGUAGAGGGCGAGGAAGAGCUUCAGCAGAAGGGUGUUAGCGCCUUCUCCAACACCAUUCUUAGCGUUUGCGGCAGUAACAGCAAGUUCUCGCCGUCAAAUUCGACCAUUCACGCUUUGUAG